UCAGAACCACCCUAAGACGCAGGCCCUCGUUCUGUUCCACCGGGCGGGACGCUCACACCCGGGGCUCUCGCUUCCGACCCGGGCGCACCCGGGUCACGGUGGUCACAGGCGAGGUCUGUGCGGCAGCUGGGCCCCGCCUGCUCACCCAAGGGCGUGGCGCGGCCGGCAGACUCGGGCGGAGGUCCGGAGCCUGUCCCGCCUCGCGCCGCCAGUGCGCGCUCCUCCGCGCCUGGACGCCGCCGCUCCACCCCGGCCCGCGCUGUCGUCCUCUCUGCGCAGAGCAGUGGUCAUUUUGCCUUUGGGAGAGAGCCGGAAGUUACAUGGUGCCAGACCCAGCAAAUAAGAUAGAUGACCCUGCAGUUUUUAUAAGCCUGCCUUUCCAUUGGAGAACAUUUGUUAGCUGCGUUACUGUAUUUUUUUAAUCACACCUCAUAAAGACAUUCACAAAAGAGUACUUCCAGAACUGCUUGAGGAAGCGCAAGAACAAUGGGCUGCCCCCAGACCACCCCUGUGGAGCCCAGCAUGUGUGGGGGCCUGGUGGAGAGGUAUGUGGCUGCCAUGGUGCUGAGUGCAGCUGGAGAUGCCUUGGGGUUCUUCAAUAGGAAGUGGGAGUUCCUGCAGGAUGGGGAGAGGAUACACCAGCAGCUAGCAGAGCUGGGUGGCUUGGACGCCAUUGAUGUGGAGCAGUGGCGAGUCAGCGAUGACACGGUGAUGCACCUUGCCACAGCAGAGGCCCUCGUGCAAGCCGGGGAAGCCCCCCACUUGGCUCAGCUGUACCCACUUCUGGCUAAGCAUUACCAAGACUGCAUGGAAGACAUGGCUGGCCGGGCACCAGGUGAGACCUCAGUGUACAACACCAUGAGGCUGGAGCCAGACAAGGCCAAUGGCUGGAGGAUUCCCUUUAACAAACACGAAGGUGGCUGUGGGGCUGCCAUGCGGGCCAUGUGCAUUGGUCUCAGGUUUCCUCACCUAAGCCAGCAGGACACCCUGAUCCAAGUGAGCAUCGAGAGUGGCCGGAUGACCCACCACCACCCAACAGGUUACCUGGGGGCCCUUGCGUCUGCUCUUUUCACAGCCUAUGCAGUGAAUGGCAGAUCACCCUGGGAAUGGGGAAAAGGACUGAUGGAGAUACUGCCGUUGGCUCAACAGUACGUUGUCCACUCAGGCUACUUUGUGGAGGAGAACCUUCAACACUGGUCCUACUUCCAAGAUCAGUGGGAAAAGUACCUGAGACUUAGAGGGAUUUUGGAUGGCAAGUCAGCGCCUGUCUUCCCACAGCCCUUUGAUGUAAAGGAGAGAGAUCAGUUCUACACCUCCCUGAGCUACUCUGGCUGGGGUGGCAGCAGUGGACACGAUGCCCCCAUGAUUGCCUAUGACGCCAUCCUUGCUGCAGGGGACUCAUGGAAAGAGCUCGCCCACCACGCCUUUUUCCAUGGUGGGGACAGUGAUUCCACAGCAGCCAUCGCUGGCUGCUGGUGGGGGGUCAUGCAUGGCUUUAGAGGAGUGAGUCCUUCCAACUAUGAGAAACUAGAAUACAGACAGCGGCUGGAAAAGACCGCGAGGGAUUUGUAUUCUCUUGGGUCAAAUAAAGAUGCUGUAAUCAGCCUUUAGGAAAAGGAUUCAUCUCUCUUGGUUUCUUCUCCCAUGUAGUCCCUUUUCUGCUCAGUUUCUUUUCACUUUUUUCUAAAAUGAAGAACCCUAACCAUGUAUGGAGGGAGUUUUGGAAUAAAAAGUCCCCAGGCCUCGUGA